AUGCCGCCUGAUCCGGCCGCCAUGUCCAAGGGCACGUGCCGCGUCGUUUCCGCAGGGGUGGAUCUGCGAUCCGUCAAGCUGUGCACUGUCAACGACACCUCCUCCUCGUCAUCGUUGCCAACCUGGUUACCAUCUUCGCCACACACGUUGCAAGCCCCAUCGCAAGCCUCACCACACCCCGCCUCUCGUCCGUUCGCCUCCUCCUCCCCUUACGCCACGCCUUCCCCUCCUCCUUCCUCCUCCCCCAACCACGACUCGUCCGCCCACUCCUCCCCACCCGCCUGUCACGCCGCCUCCCCUUUUUCCUGCCCCUCAGCCUCCGCCUCCGCUUCCCACCCCGCCUCCCCUUCCCCCUCCGCCUCCGCCUCCCCUCCCGCCAACCCCCCCUCCGCCCUCGCGUCCCUCUCCGCGUCGCUCCUCGCGCUCCUCCCGCAACCGCUGCUCUCCGCGCUGCCGCUCUCCCCCUCCGCCACGCGCCUGCCACUUCACCUACUACUGGGCGGCUCUCAUCCAGCUCGACCUCAACGUCUCCUUCCACUCGCCGUCCAACCACGUGGCGCUCGCUGCUUCAGCACAGGCGCCAGAAAAGUCAACGCGGUCAACACGGUCAAGCGAGUCAACGCAGUCAACGAAGUCAAAAGCGGUCAAGAGGAGCAAGGGGAGAAUGGGAGGAAGGGGAUCAGCAAGGGAGCUUUACAACGAUCCGAACCACAACGGCUCUCCCCGACCCGCUUCCCUGUCGCUGCCGUCCUCCCAGUGCCGCCGGACUUCAAUGCCGCGUGGCGGGCCAAAGACAAGUACAAGCCCACCCCCCGUCGUCCUUCCUUCCCCCCUCCAGGUGGCCUCACUGCACAAGGGCCUGUACGACCCGCGUCACCCCCACAGGCGCAACUGCUUCUUCCCCUUACCCUCCACCCCCCUCUGCGCUUCUUCCCUCCCCUACCUCCAUUCCUCCAGGUUGCAUCGCUGCACAAAUGCCUGUACGACCCUCGCACCCCCACAGGGUGCAUCUCCCCCCUCCGCGCUCCAUUGCGUCACUGCCCGCCCCCCCCGCGCCAGGGCAUUUUCAUGCACCUCGCUGCUACAGCCAUCACCAAGUGGGUGAACUUGUCUGUAAAUAACCUGGGGAGAUGGAAGGAGAGAGGACGAGACAGGACAUGGACGAAAGAAGAGGGAGGCAGCAGCAGCAGCGGCAGCAGCAGCAGCAGCAGCAGCAGCAGCAGCAGCAGCAGCAGCAGCAGCGCGGCGGCGGCGGCGGCGGCGGCGGCGGCGGCGGCGGCAGCAGCAGCAGCAGCAGCAGCAGCAGCAGCAGCAGCAGCAGCAGCAGCAGCAAGGCGCAUGAGUCGAACCCCUCAUUCUCUCUCAUGCGCCCAUCCCCUGCCCCUGGACUCUCUGUCCCCGCAGGUUUCUUAUCAGACGAGUCCAUAUUUCCAGCCGUCCUCCUCGGUGGGCAAGCCUAUCUGGGUCUCAGCCUGGGCGUGCUGCUGGGAGUGCUGUGCUGCGUGGGCACGCAUGUCUUUUGGUCGCAUCGUCGUGGCUCUCGACUGCUUCCAACCCCCAGCUUCUCCCUUUUCGUCUCUGCGAUUGAGCUGCUUCUGCCCCUCGCUGGUUGACAGCCCUUUUCUGGCAAAGAAGCUCCCUGAGAAUUCACCUGAGAGGUCACCUGAUCGCUACCGCAAGGGGGAUUUGUGCCGAUUGAGUGGUCUGGGCCGACCUGUAGCUGCGGGGGCGGAGGAUGUUGAGCCGCUUUCCCUGCACCAGCAGGAGGAACAAUCCCAGGCAGAGGCAGAGGCAGAGGCAGAGGCAGAGGCAGAGGCAGAGGCAGAGGCAGAGGCAGGGGCACUGGCUACACAGGCAGAGGCAGAGGUAGAUGCAGAGGCAGAGGAGGAAGCAGGGGGACAGGAACGAUCGCGGAAUACACAGGGUCUGCCGGUCAAUGCCUCACAAGCGCAGCCGUUCCUGCGCUCAGAAGAAGAGAGCGGUGGGCUGGUUGUGCCUCAAGAACAGACCUUGCCUCAAGAGCAGUCCGUGGGUUCUCAGCAAGGAAGCUGUUUGAGUCUAGCUGUGUGCUGUGAGGUAUCGGGUGUGGAGGGCGAUGGAGGUGGUGCUGUCACAGCAGCAGCAAGUUCGGCGGCAGGUUUGGCAGCAGGUCCGGGAGUAGGUCCAGGUUUGGCAACAGCUCUGGCACCAGGGCUGGCUGCAGCUCCAGCGGUGGCUCCUCCAGCCACCAUGCAAAUCUUCGUGAAGACUCUCACCGGCAAGACCAUUACCCUUGAGGUCGAGAGCAGCGAUACCAUCGACAAUGUUAAGGCCAAGAUCCAGGACAAGGAGGGGAUUCCUCCUGACCAGCAGCGUCUGAUUUUCGCUGGCAAGCAACUGGAGGAUGGCCGUACUCUUGCGGACUACAAUAUCCAGAAGGAGUCUACGCUUCAUCUGGUGCUUCGGCUUCGCGGUGGCAUGCAAAUCUUCGUGAAGACUCUUACCGGCAAGACCAUCACCUUGGAGGUUGAGAGCAGCGACACGAUUGACAACGUUAAGGCGAAGAUUCAGGAUAAGGAAGGCAUCCCCCCCGACCAGCAGCGCCUGAUUUUUGCCGGCAAGCAGCUCGAGGACGGACGUACUUUGGCCGACUACAACAUUCAGAAGGAGUCGACCCUGCAUCUGGUGCUUCGCCUCCGCGGUGGCAUGCAGAUCUUCGUGAAGACUCUUACCGGGAAGACGAUUACUCUGGAGGUUGAGAGCAGCGACACCAUCGACAACGUGAAGGCGAAGAUCCAGGAUAAGGAAGGCAUCCCCCCCGACCAGCAGCGCCUGAUUUUCGCCGGCAAGCAGCUCGAGGACGGUCGCACGUUGGCUGACUACAAUAUCCAGAAGGAGUCGACUCUUCAUCUGGUGCUCCGUCUUCGCGGAGGCAUGCAGAUUUUCGUCAAGACCUUGACGGGAAAGACCAUCACUCUGGAGGUUGAGAGCAGCGACACCAUUGACAACGUGAAGGCGAAGAUUCAGGAUAAGGAGGGGAUUCCCCCUGACCAGCAGCGCCUGAUUUUCGCCGGCAAGCAGCUCGAGGAUGGCCGCACUCUGGCUGACUACAACAUCCAGAAGGAGUCGACGCUUCACCUGGUGCUUCGCCUUCGUGGUGGUAUGCAGAUUUUCGUGAAGACCCUCACGGGAAAGACCAUCACGCUCGAGGUUGAGAGCAGCGACACCAUUGACAACGUCAAGGCUAAGAUUCAGGACAAGGAGGGUAUCCCCCCUGACCAGCAGCGUCUGAUUUUCGCAGGCAAGCAGCUCGAGGAUGGUCGCACUUUGGCUGAUUACAACAUCCAGAAGGAGUCCACCCUCCAUCUGGUGCUUCGCCUCCGUGGUGGUCAGUAG